CCAUCUUCAUCUAUUGGCCAUCUAAAUUCUAAGCAAUACAUGUUUAGUCCUAUAAAUACUAGACAUAACUCCACUCAUAAAUCACACAGCUAGUCAAGCAUCUUCUAAAUUAUUAAUUUGUUAUUUCUCAUACUAGCUAGCAUUAUAAAUCAUGGGUGUUUUCACUUUUGAUGAUGAAAAAACUUCUGUUGUAGCACCUGCUAUACUUCACAAAGCUCAUGUUACAGAUGCUAACACCCUUAUCCCAAAGGUUAUUGAUGACAUCAAAAGUAUUGAAAUUGUUGAAGGAAACGGCGGUGUUGGAACCAUAAAAAAAAUCACUUUUGUCGAAGAUGGUGAAACCAAACAUGUGUUGCACAAAAUAGAGUUAGCGGAUGCUGCCAAUUUGGCUUACAACUACAGCAUAGUUGGAGGUGCUGGACUUCCAGACACAGUUGAGAAGAUUACAUUCGAAGCCAAAUUGUCUGCAGGACCAAAUGGAGGAUCCAUUGCAAAGCUGAGUGUGAAAUACUUCACAAAAGGUGAUGCUGCUCCAAGUGAAGAGCAACUUAAGAAGGACAAAGCUAAGGGUGAUGGUCUUUUCAAGGCUGUCGAGGAUUACUGUAUUGCUCAUCCUGAUUACAACUAAACUAUAUAUCUAGUGUGCUUAAUUUCGGUGCGAAUGUAAUGUCUUUUUUUCCUUUUCCUUAUGUUGCGGAAGUAUGAGUGUGAGAUUUUAAGUCUUGUUUCUACCUAUCCAAUAAAUGAUAAUAAUACUUCAUCUAUUUCUGUUUA